CUAUCAACACGUCUAUUGGAGAUGAAUCAUUUAACAUAGUGGAUUCGAUUAAGACCUUUACAGAUGUAAUAUGUAAUAAUGAAGGUUUGAAGACUAAUAUCAUAAACUGCGAUACUAAGGUUGAAAAUGAAAUAGCUAUCAACACGUCUAUUGGAGGUGAAUCAUUUAACAUAGUGGAUUCGAUUAAGACCUUUACAGAUGUAAUAUGUAAUAAUGAAGCUAUCAACACGUCUAUUGGAGAUGAAUCAUUUAAUUCUGGACACUUUAUUAAUACCAGUAUGGACAUAUUAAAUAAUGCCAAAAGUAUGGAUACUAUUAUUACAUAUUUAGGUACUAAGGCUGGGAAAGAAAUAGUUGGCAAAUUUACAAGUGUAGCAUGUAGUAAUGAAAGUGUAGUGACUAAUAUCGAGAGUUCAUGUAGUAUUAAUGUUGGGAAUGAAAUAGGUGCUAACACGCCUAUUAGCAAUGUAGUAUUUAAUCAUGGGGAUUU